AUGUUUCCCAGACGUUGUCUGUUUGCUUGUGCGGCAGACAAGUCUACCGUGGCACCCGCAGUAUCCGGUGCGAAAUCCGGUCCAACGGAAGAACUGAAACGUGCCUGUCGAAAAAGUGUGGCACAUUUUCGACGAAUAUACCAAUUUGAUUUGGAAUUGUCACGUCCCACAGUGGAUUCGUGUGAAUUGAAGAGGACCACAUCGAUGGGUCAGUUCGGCUCAAACAGGGAAAGCGAUUCGCGGGUUCCAAACGUAUGGCACUGGGAAUCGGUAGACUUGCGAACAACUUAUGUACCGGAGUUCUAUCAUCCCGAACAGGCUAAACUCCCGGGCUAUCAGCGCGAAGUGUUGUCUAAAAGUGUAUCCGCUCCCGUGAUCCCUCGCACUCCACACAAAGUGAUUAAUCGCCUCCCGGCCAGAGUAAAAUCGAAACAAGGGGUGGCAACAGACGCGACCCCGAGUACCUCACCAACGUUAUUCACUUUAUGGAGGCCAAAGAUACGACGGUCUACCCAGUCAAUGGGAUCCAUCUCAACUAAAUUUGAAACAGAUGAACGAAAAGCUCGAAUCACUCUUGGGCUUGCCGGACCAGACCGAAAUGGACCCGAUCGGGAGAUACAGUUGAAUCGAAGAGCUCGAAGUCAAGAGUUCACCAAAACUCCAGCUUCGAUUUCCCACAUUAAAACAGAUAAUUUCGUGAUAGACCAAACCUGCUCCAAACCUAGACUAUCCAAAUCCGGCGUGAAAUCCUGCACCGCAAGAGUCGUAACGGUGGAGUCGAAAUCAGUGAGUUACAAAGCCGCUUACUACUUUUUCAUCACAUAA